GUUCCACCACUUUGCUCCGAUAAACAAAUCACGCAGCUCUUAUCGCUAUAUGCGUCUAGCAUCCAACUACCACCGUGCUUCAUUUUGAGCUCGCAGUUGUGUUCCACGUUUCCUCUCCUUGCGGCCUGAGCCUCGUAGACAGUUUCGCCUAGAACUGUAAGAUGCAUUCCAAAAACCACCUUUUGGGACAUUUUCACGGCCUCGACUGGCGUCCCUUGCAGUUCGUGGAUCUCCCGUCAGCGAUAUCGUGCGACUUGUGCGCUGUCAUCCCCGAAAAUAUCUUCAGGCUCCCAUGUUACCAUUUCCUUUGCGACGGAUGUUACCAGGGCGUUCUUCGAACCAACCUGCACUGUCCUCUCGACAAGCAAAGCUUUCGUGAAAGUGAAGCGGUAAUUUCUCCAGUUAAAACGACGCCCCUCCAGAGGCUGGAGGUUCGAUGCUGCAACUCCAAACAUGGAUGUAAUUUCGUCGGAUCGCUGGAACGAAUGAAGUCUCACUUCUUGAAGGACUGCGGGUUUCACGCAUUAGCUUGUAAGAAGUGUUGCGUCACGGUGCUCCGUAAAGACAUAAUCACCCAUUACGUAGAAGAGCGGUGCGGGGCUCAAAAUACUUUGUGUCCGAGCGCAGAUGUUUGUAUUGACGGGAGCAUCAUCGAGAUUGGAAGGGAGAUCAGCGCCUCACUAUCAGAUGUAGCCGAUAAGCUCCGCGCCAUUGAAGACCAGCUAAACAGCCAUACCGUCGGCAUCGACGCUACGAAAGAGUGUGUUGUAAAUACUGCGGGAGUACUGCGCACGCUUCAAGAGGGACAAAGCGUGUCCGCAGUCACCAUGGCCGACGUUAUCACUGGCAUGGCGGGUGCCUUGUCUUCGAUUGAAGAUCAACGUGGCAACAAAGAUGUACGUCCAGACGACGUGAUGAAUCGUGUCAUCGCCAUCGGGGAGACGCUAGCUACUCUGGUGGGAUCGCAAAAUGAUGUAGCCAUGAACGUAGGUCGCUCGGAUGAACGCUGGAAAGAAUUCUCCGAGAAAUUUGAUGCGAUGUCGAAACGUGUACAGAAUGUUUCGUCGUUAACCGACGACAAACUGAGUACCAUGAGAGAUAUGCUCAAAACUCUACGGGCUUCAAUUGGAUACGGAGACAACGUUGGUUUUUUUCACGUCCAAGACGUCGACGAGCUGAAGAAGAAAGCAAAUGAGGAUGGGGUUGCUGGCACCUACUCUGACGUUUUUACGUUGUGUGGCUAUACCGUAAAGUUCAAUGUGAAGUUCAUCAAACGUGGCGGUAUCAUGUACAUAGCUGCCUACCUGCAUAUUUGUCGUAGCCCAAAAGACUCCCUCUUGAAAUGGCCCUUCUUGUUGCCUUAUAAGCUCAUCUUGGUUCAUCCAACUGACGAGAAGAAGAACAUUCAACAUACUGUAUCUGUGCCGACCUUGCUUGAGAAGUUCCCUCGAUGUUUCAAUAGGCCAGUCGAAUGUUCAAAUAAUGGCUGCGGAUCCCCUAAGUUGUGCACACUGGAAGACGCCCUGAAUGAUGGCUUUGUUCACGAGAAGUCAAUAACUGUGGGCGUUACCCUUGUCCAAAGUUGUGGAUAGUAUGAUAUUCAAGCUAUGAGCCCCCACGUACCAGACUGGAUGGCUAUUAACCGCCAUAUAAUUUGAAUGGCCACUACAGAAACGUUACAAUCCUAUGUAGGUGUGUGUAUUAAGCCACAGGGUGUACAAGUUACCUGCGGUCGUAAUGAAAAAGAAACAGAAAAGGAAAAGUAGAAGAAAAGAGAAAUGUCCUUUUUUUCAAUUACAAUAAUUGGUGAUGUAUCUUUGGCUAAGUGUGCCUCUUUAUGACUGCACUAUCGCGGCCUCCUGAAGCAUUGCCCUCUUAUUUUCAAAAUGAACAUUUUGUUUACGAAAGAUAGAAGUUCGUCCCAAUGACAACACAUGUUCCCUUUGUUAUUCUGACGCCGUUUUCAGAAAAAAAAAAAUAAAGAUAAGAAAUUGAA